AUGAUGGAGACAAGCCUUCUCACAUCCAACAAGGCCGUGGUCUGGGUUGGACCUAAGAAAUUAGAAAUCCAAGAACGUCCUGUACGCCCACCAGGCGACGACGAAGUGCUCGUUGAAAUCGUUGCGACAGGUAUCUGCGGUUCAGACUGCCACAAUUGGGAAAGCGACAAGGUAUCUUGCCAACUCGUCCUUGGGCACGAGUCUUCGGGUAUCAUCAUUCAGAUCGGAAAGAGUGUCAAGGACCGCUUUGUGGGACAGAGAGUGGCUGUAGAGCCUGGUUUCGCGUGCAUGAAUUGCGAGUUUUGUGUCAAGGGCAACCCGAACAUCUGCGCAAACUUGAAGUACUGCGGCCUCGACCCCACCGAUGGCACACUUUGCCAGUACUUCACCUGCACGGCCUCAAUGACGGUGCCCAUCCCGGACUCAAUUUCUUGGGAGGAGGCGGGCGCGAUCCAACCGCUCGCCAUUGCGGUUCAACUCGCCAGGAGAGCCUCUCUACACGCUCACCAAACGAUGGCUAUCUUUGGAUGUGGUCCUUUGGGUCUCCUAGUACUUGCUGUCGCAAAGGCAUACGGUGUCAAGAAGGUCAUCAUGUUUGACAUUGAAUCAUCUCGGACGCAAUUCGCAGAGACGUACGGCGCGACCGUCGGUAUUGUUCCCCCGAAAAACGAAGAUCCAUCUGUAGAUUCCCUCUCCUUCUAUCAGCAAUACGCCAAGAAAGUCAACUCCCAACACGACCUUGGCAACGGUUUUGACGUCACAGUUGAGGCCAGUGGAGCAGAAGCCUGUAUCCAAAUGGCAGUCGCGAUGCUAAAAUCAGGUGGAAGUUGCAUUCAAGCUGGACUGGGUGAACAGUUCACAUCGGUGCCCCUAUUCUUGGUCACGGCGAAGGAGCUCAAUAUCAGGGGUACUGUGAGGUAUACGCCGGGCUGUUUUGCAGACGCGAUCAGUCUUCUGGAGAGAAAGCUCGUCGAUCUCAAGCCGUUGAUUACAUCAACAUACCCUCUGACCGAAGCUGCACAGGCAUUCGAGGCGCAGCACGGGAGGAAGGACAUCAAGAUCGUGAUAAUGAACCAAAAGUAG